GUCACCAUCAUAAAUAUUUACACACCCAUUAUCACCUUUAUUUAUUGUUUAUUAUACACACCCUCAUCACACAACCAUCCUUUUAUUUCUGUAUGUAUACAUACAUUGUAUACAUCCAUGCCCAUUUUUCCUCUCUAAUAAAUAGUCAAAAUGAAUCCGUGGGAUGAAUUUUCCGGCGAGCAACAGCCGUCUCCGAUCAAACGUCAGCUCCAAGGGCCUCGUCCUGCUCCACUUAAAGUCAACAAAGACUCUCACAAGAUCAAAAAACCACCCAUUCAUCCGCCGCCUAAGCCGCCCAAACAGCCUCCGCCGGCGCCGGAGACGCGUCAACCCGUCAUCAUCUACGCCGUUUCGCCCAAAGUCAUUCACACUACGGAAAAUGAAUUUAUGGGUCUUGUGCAGAGACUCACCGGCCCUUCUUCCGGUGAGAUGUCCGGCAACUUUUCCGGCGACAUUUCGCCGGCGGCGAGACUGGCAACGAUUGAAAGAACGAGCCCAUCGGGGAGAGAAAGGGGGAUGAUCGAUGGUUUUGAAGUGGGCAAUUUUCCGGGGAUCUUGUCACCGGCGCCGGCGAGUUUGGCCCCGAUAUCGGCCGGAAUGUUCUCUCCGGGAUUUGAUAUGAGCUUGUUGAAUGAAAUGAGUCCGUUUUUGAGUAAUAUGUUUACGCCGAGUCCGAGUUCGCUGUUGGCGGCUCCAAUGGUAUCCCCUUCUCCGACGUCGUUUGAAUUGUUAAGUCAAUUCUUUGACCUUUAGGCGUUUGAAAGAAAAAAAGGAUGUGGUAGUGGUAAGUAAGUGCUGAAAUUGAUUACGAUCAGUUAGAAAAGUCAUGUUGUACACUAACAUUAAAUUUCUUCAAUUGUAGUUAUUUUUUUAUAUAUUUAUUAAUUUCUGGUAGAAAUAACAAUCAAUUUGAAGUUGA